AUGAUAAUUCUUUCAUCAACAACAAGUAUUAUGACAAUGUCGACUAAUGCUACUUUAUUAUCUUUACCAACAACUGAACAUAUAUAUUUAUCAUCAUAUUAUACAAGUAUGAUAAAACGUCUUUUAAUUGUAUUUGGCUCAAUAUUUUUUCUUUGGUUAAUUAUGGGACUCGUAUUUGCGUCAAUUCAAACAUUUCGUCAUAUAAAAAAGAAGACUAAUAAUAAAUUUUUUCGUUAUAAUCGAUCGUUACCACCAUCAUCAUUAAUAACACCCACAAGACCACCAUAUAGAAGAGAUAAUAAUUCUGAUAAUGAUGAAGAUGAUGAUGAUGAUGAUCAAGCAAGUGUUUUUACUUCUGUAUCAUAUCUAUCGGAACGAUCAAGAAAUAUACAUGAUUCUGCACAGUUUGCUUCACCAUGUCGACGUAUACCUGAAGAAGAAUUUGAACUAACAUUACCAAUGACAGCUGCUGGUAUUUCUAAUAUGGCUUUUAGUCGAUCAACUUUAGCAUCAUCAACUAGUGGGGGAGCAUCUCUUCUUUAUUAUCCAGCUUGUCGUAAUUUUGCUUAUUCCCAAUCGACUCUUGCAUCAUCUACUGCUGAUUUAAAUACUCCCACGCCAUCCAUAAUUGUUCCUACCAAUGAACCAUCAACAUAUAAAGCUCGAUCGUCUCGUUUAGCUAAUUUAAAACGACAUUCAUCUCAAUCAUCAUCAACAACAACAUUUAGUCAGAUUACUAAUGCUACCUAUUUAUCGUCUAGUAGUACAUCGACAUCAUCAAGUAUUCCAAUAGCAUCAUUAAAACGUGCACCAUUGCCUACGGUAAUGAUUACUGAUUGUGAUCGUCUGCAAACCGAUAUUAUUGAACUUGAUGAUUUUGAACCGGAAAAAGAUUGGCGCCGUGCACAACCUGAAUUAAGAUUACUACUCAAUGAUAAAAUGCCACAGGCCGUUAGGUGA